AUGUAUUUUUAAAAUGCAAGUCUUUAAAGUGAUUUAUAAUCAACCGAUUGGAGAGAAUAAACUUUUGAAUAGGAGGUUGAAUAGUGGGAUUUUAUUAAAAACAAGUUAGUGAAAAUACAAAUUCAAAUAAAUUUUACUAAAAAUCACUAAAUUGUAUAUUUAAAAGAUGGAGCAAUAAUGAGAAUGUAUAUGUUUUGUAAGUUAAAAAAGUGAAUAAAUUCAAGAUACCAUCAAGAAGCCAGAAAUAUUAAAGAAUCUGGAUCAAAUCCAAUAACUUACAUGGUAAGGUUAAUAUGGGUUGAACAAAAAGAAAAAUGGAAAAUGGAUAGCAUUUUGGGAUGGAGAAGUUUAUAUGAAAGUUGGAGGAUACUAUUUAGAGGGAUUAAAGCAAGGUUAAUGGAAAGAAAUAUUUGAAAAUUAUAUUUAUACAAAUGAUAGUAAAGCUAAGGUUUUGUAAAUUGGAGAAUACUCUUCAGGACUAAAAAAGGGUAAAUGGAAUUAUAUUUAAGACUCAAUUAAAAUGUAUGUAGUUAAAUAAUUAUUUAGUGCAGGUGGAUAUUAUAAUGAGCAAGAAUAAAAAAUUGGAAAGUGGAUAGAAUUGAGGGAGGGCUUUUAGGAGAAUUCUUAAAUUACUUUCUAUGGUGAAUAUAAUAUGAAAGGUAUAAAGAUAGGGAGAUGGGAUUUCAUAUUUAAGAAGAAUUAGGAAUAUAAAUUAAUGUAAAAAUUAUUAAAAUAAGGUAANUUUUGAGAUGUGAUACUAAGGGAAUUGA